GAGGAGAGAGAGAACGGUUGAGAGGGAGCCACACAGGAGCUGCACACAGCACUGGGAUGCUGUUGCAGCUCUGAGGAAAAGGGAUGCAUGGGAAGAUUUGUCAUUGACAACACAGAUGGACUGCGAAAGAGGAAUACAAAUGAUGAGAAUGCCAAAUUGUCAUCACCUAAGAGAAGAUAUGUGAUAAGGGACUCUUGGAUGGUGUGGAGAUGUACGCCUUCUACUCCCUUUUAGUCUACAUCUUCUACACUGUCUUUAAGAGGGAAGAGGAAGAGGCAUUGGAGGGAGCAUGUGGAGCUUCCUCAGAUGAGCCAGGACCUGUUUCCAUGGAAACAGGGAGCAGGAGGAGAGAUGGCCACACCCCCAAAAUGGGGAAAAAAGCUUGUGCUCAGCUUAGUGAAUCAAGCAGUAGCAGUGACAGUGAUGAAAUGUCCCCGAGUGAUGAAGAUGAGGAAGAUGGCCCCGACAUCCCAGCUUGCACUCCUCUGGCUGCCUUUUUGUCCUUCAAACAAGAGGCUGAGAGGAGGAGGGCCUCACAAGUUCAGCUGGAAACAACAGGAAAGCUGGCAGAUUCUCCCCUGGUGGCGGUGAUGUCCCACUUGCUGAGUUUUCUGGAGCAGUACUCUCACUUCCAGCAGCUGCAGCAGCAGGCUGACCAGUACCGGGUCCAGCUGAAGAGACACCGUGUCCAGCACCGCCGGCAGAUGAAGGCCCUGCGAGCCUCCUACCGCCAGCGCCUCAGGGACAAGAACAGCAUCAUCAGCAGCCUGGAGGAGGCCAUCAGCCAUCAGCAGACCCUCAGCCCACUGAGCGAGGGUGAGUCCAGCAGUGAUGCAGGGGCACAGGCUGGGGUUCACCAGCUGGUGGAGUCUCUGUACGGCCUGCAGGGUGAGAGGAGUAAGCUGAGAGGAGAGCUGCGUCUGCUGCACUCACAGCUGGAACAGAAGGAAAAAGACCGACACUCUCGCAUACAGGCCUUUCAGCAGCAGAUUGAUGAGCUGAAGAGCUGCAUAGAGGAACGUGAGGAGGAGCUGUCGAGACUGAGAACUGCCACUGGGGCCACAGACUCAGAGAAGCGAGUGCUGUGUCUGUCAGCGGAGAACGAGAGUCUGAAACAAAGCCUGAGCGUCACUCAAGGCCUCCUGCAGCAGCUGUCAGCCAUCCCCUCCCAGUCCAGCACCAUGCUCAUCAAGGAAAACGAGAACCUCCGCAGCAGAGUGCAGCAGCUGGAGAUCUCCCUACAACAACGUGCUGAGCAGCUGUCACAACUGGAGCGACAGAGCGAACAGAGCGAGUGGAGGAGAGGAGAGGAGCUGAGGAAACGAGAGGAUAGAGUGAGGGAGCUGCAGCUGGAGUUGGACAGAGAGAGAGGAAAGGAGCCACUGGUGAAGUAUGUCACCCAGACUGUGGAGGUGGAAUCACCUGCCACACUAAAGCAGCUGACUAAAGCCAGACAGAAGAAUGAGCUGCUGUCUGAAAAGCUGUCCAAUCAGAAUAUGCGGUGCAAACAGCUGGAGGAGCAAAUCAGGAAGUCUGAUGAAUAUAGCUGUAAUCUGCAGCACAAGAUUGCAGCAUAUGAGCGAGAAAUCAGUAAACUGAGAGAGGAACUGCUGAAAGAGAUUGGCCAUUUGGAGGAGAGGAAGGAGGAGGCUGUGAAGGCUGCGGCUAGCUGCUCAGCAGAACACUUUCAGAACCUGCAGGACCAAUUCUUCGGCUUGCAGAAGCGUCUGACGGCCCUCCCACCGACUUUACGCUCCAUGAAGACAGACUACGCCAGUCUGAGGAGCCAAGUUCGAAACUUCUCAGACUUUUACGGAGCAGCUAUAAAUGAUGCAAAAAAACAGGUGUGUACUGCUGUGUUUAGGAGACAGACGUCCAAACAAAUCAACAAGCCUAGUAAAAAGUUUUUUUUUUUUUUUUUUUUUACUGUUUUAUGUCUGUGGCAGAUUACAGCAGCUAUCAGUGAGAUGUCCGAAGCCAACAAAGAUCUUCUGGAGAAAUAUAGGAAAGAAGUUGCACUGCGCAGGAAGUACCAUGAACAGCUGGUGGAGCUUAAAGGCAACAUCCGUGUGCUGUGUCGCGUGAAGCCCGUGCUGAAGGAGGACCAGCAUGAGGAGGGCCAGUCUGAGGUGGUGACGGCAGACCCCAACAACGAGUCCUCCCUCACUGUGCUGAACAAAGGGAAGGGUCGUAUCUUUGAACUGGACAAGGUCUUCCACCCUCAGGCCACGCAGGAAGAGGUCUUUCAGGAGAUUGAACCUCUUGUGACGUCCUGCAUCGAUGGCUACCAUGUCUGCAUAUUUGCAUACGGACAGACUGGCUCUGGAAAGACCUACACCAUGGAGGGCAGUGUGGAGAACCCAGGCAUCAACCAGCGAGCACUGAAACAUCUCUUCAGUGAGAUCGAGGAGAGGAAGGACAUGUGGUCUUACACCGUCACUGUCAGUUCCGUGGAGAUUUACAACGAGGUGCUAAGAGACCUGCUGAGUAAGGACGGAGAAAAACUGGACAUAAAGAUCAACCCGGACGGAACAGGACAGCUGCAUGUGCCGGGCCUCAGGGUCGUCGAAGUCAAGAGCUUUCAGCACAUUAAGAAGAUUUUAGCCACAGCACGAAGAAACAGGAUCACCUUUGGCACUCAGAUGAACCAGCACAGCUCCCGCUCCCAUGCUCUGCUCUGCAUCACGGUUCAGGGCACUGACCUCGCCACAGGGUCCAAAACCACCGGCAAGCUGAACCUGGUGGACCUGGCCGGCUCGGAGAGAGUAUGCAAGUCUGGUGCAGAGGGAGAGAGGCUGAAGGAGGCCCAGAAUAUUAACCGCUCUCUGCUGGCACUGGGGGAUGUAAUUCAGGCACUGAGGGCUCGGCAGACUCACAUCCCUUUCAGGAACUCCCGCCUUACAUACUUAUUACAAGACUCUCUGGGCAAAGGCAGCAAGACUGUCAUGGUGGUGCAGGUGUCUGCUCUGGAGAGUAAUGUGGGAGAGACAUUGUGCUCAUUGAAGUUUGCCCAGAGGGUGUGCAAGGUGGAACUGGGCCCUGCAGCCAGGAAGAUCGAAUCUGGUGGAGGGCAGUGCGACUGACAGCCUCAAAUCACCAGGGAGCCAUGACUGCAGCCGUCAGAUUAUCACCCACCCUACCAAUGAAUCAUAGAGCUACAGUUCAACAAGAUCAACAGCAAUGCUGCUCAAGGGCUAAAUCUGUGGAGGUCUGUGUGGCACAUAAAUGACGACCUGUGAUUGAGGUUAGGUACUUAGGAUAUUGGCCUCCACUUUGCCAUUUUCCGCUUCCGACACAUGAUAACCCUUUAUUGUUAGAUAAUCUGCAUGCAGUGCCAAAACAACCUCUGACUCCCCCCACGGUGUAAGAUUUGAUGCUUCCUUGAACUACAGUAUCUCAGUUUCUUUGUAUUAAAUACCAAAAUCCAGGAUAUACCAUAUCCUCCAUGAUCACCAGUGUUUAGAGCAGCAUCAUGUCCAGACAGGUUUAGUAAGCUUACAGCGCCACAAUAUCAACACUUCCAUUUUUGCAGUAUUAAUCAUCUUGCUAUAAAUGUCUGUAGUUUGUGAGAUUCAUCUCCAAUGUUGUAUAUUUUUGAAGGUUUUAGUGUGUAGGAGAAUCUGUUUUGUAGCAAAAGUACAGGCAUUUCCGUGACACUGACAUCACAUAUUUGUGUAGUUUUUGUGAACUUCAGAAAAAUAGUGAUUGAAUUCUUUCUGUUUCUCUUUUGAGACUUGACAAUUUGCCUUUUGAGUAAAGAGGAAAGUCGUUGAAGGGAGUGGGUGGCCUUUGUCCUAGACUGGUAAUAUAAUGAACUGUGCAAUAUCCUCCUUAUUGAGGAGACUGCUUGGGCCUAUGUGGACAGAAGAUGCACUUUAUUGUGAAAGGAGUGUUUCAGUUCAGAACAGGUAUUUAGGUGCUUGCAAUAGAUAUCACUAGUGAAUGUCAUACCAGAAACAGCUUAUUGUUAUCUGUUCAUCAUCAUUCCUCUAUUUAUCACCCACUGAAUCAAAACUAACUUGAUUCAAGUGUAGCAAGACAUUAAUGUUGCAGUAACUACCAUGCAGGUCAUUUCAUGAUGAUUAGAGUCAAUUUUCAGAUAACUUUCUGAAUAAACACGAUGUAUUUGAAA